CAAGCUCAAGAUGCUGACAUUUCUUCAGUUUCACUUUUGAUCGAGAUUUAGUAAGAGACUGUUUUCAAAUUUUUUUUGCUGAAAGAAAAACACGUUUUGCAACAGAUCUGGAAAUUUACCUACUAUUACCUCACUAGUUGCAAGAGAAUCUCUACACUUAAACUAAAUAUAAAACUACAUUUCGCGUCAGUCCUUGAAAACUUUUCUUUCAAUAUUCCUAAAAAUGGGGAUUCGAAUAACUGUAUUGUCAAUAAUCAUCUACCUGAGCGUUUCAGGCAUAGACGCUGCCUCAAGACCUUUCACAGCUGCUGCAUAUGAUCAUGCCCGAUUUGGAAGGCUAGACGAUCCCCCAGUCCGUGUUUUGGAAGUAAAUUUGAAGAAGUAUAUACAAGCUGCUGAAAUUGCAAGCUCAAAAGGAGCUGACAUUAUUGUUUAUCCAGAAUACGGAUUAUUUUAUCCAGGAGACCGAUCCCAAUUAAAGUCUUUCCUAGAAGACAUUCCAGAUCCAAAAAAGUUCCAGGCUAAUCCAUGUGAUGAAAAAGAUUAUUAUCUGAAAAAACCGAUUCUUUACACGCUUAGCUGCAUUGCAAGGAAUAAUUCAAUUGUCGUAGUUGCAAACACUGGCGACAUCAAAAAUUGCACCGGUGAAUCAGAAUGCCCUGAAGAUGGGGUAUUUCAUUACAAUACAAAUGUUGUUUUUGACCGAAAUGGAACACUGAUACUCAGGUACUACAAGGAACAUUUAUUCUUUGAAUUAGGCAUGGAUUUGCCAAAAGAGCAACAAGAUCCAACAUUCACAACUGAUUUCGGCACUUUUGCCACUUACAUUUGCUUUGAUAUUAUAUUUGAAAGAAUGAGCCAAGUUGCUAAGUGGCCACAAGUUGAUGGCAUAAUGUUCUCAACCAUGUGGUUUGAAAAUCCUCCACAGUAUGUCUCAGUUCCAUUAUGGCAAGGGUGGGCAUUAGGGAAUAAUGCCACAAUCGUGGUUUCUAAUGUACAGAGCCCUAGUUUGUAUGCAGUUGGAAGUGGAAUAUUCCAUAAAAAAUUUGGAUCUCUGGGCUAUACAUAUAGUCCUGACAGCGUGUCAAAGGUGGUUGUGGCGGAAGUUCCUGCUGAGGGUGAACCUAUCUCAAAUACAAGCCUAAUUGCUUUCACUGAUACCAAAAUCUGGGAUUGGGUAGAUGAUGGCGAGGAUGUACCAAAAAUUUGUUCCAAUCUUAUAAUCAAUGACACUGAUCAUUUUUCAGGUAAAUUUUAUUGUUUCGAUGAGAAAACCUCAAACUAUACUCUUACAAAACUUGUAGAUCCCAGCGGCCAAAUUGAAGCAUGUAACAAUGGAAUGUGCUGUUCCUUAAAUUAUACAGCGGAAUCUAUGGAAGAAGAGUUUUACUUGGGUGUUUACAAUGGGACAUUGAAUUCCUUCAACCGUUAUCACUGGUGUGAGGAGAGUUGCUUUGUUGCCAGGUGCGAUUCUAUUGAUGGUCAGCCCUGUUCAACUUUCCCUAGAAGAGCAAGCACAAUAUUCAAGCAUGUAGAUUUGAAGUCUAACUUCUCAACAGAAUUCAUCUAUCCAUCUGUGGUCAGUAGUAAGAGCAGACUGGUGCCUAAGAAUGAGUGGGAGUUUGACGUGACGCAUAGAUCUGCAUACGAAAGUUCCAUACAUUUCCACAGUACUACAGGAAAAAAUCUGUUAUCGGUGGGCUUCAAAGCUCGUUGUUACAACAGAGAUCCUCCAUAUGUUAGAUAAGAAAUUGAUUUGUCUACUUCUUAAAUUAUCCUA